AUGAACAACGAAACAAGUUGUAAGAUUAUUCACUGGUCUCAUCAAACAAUAGGAACAAUCCGACCUAUACUAUGCAUCUGCCUGUUAGCGACAGUUAAUCAUCUGAUUUUCCAAAUACAACUGAAAGUAUUUCCGACUGUACAGAAACGUUCGAUGCUUUGGGUCUAUGCUUAUAUCGUCACGGAUUUAUUAUUACUUCUCCGAUUUUUCCUUCUCUAUAUCUACCGAUGGUGGCCUAGAUGUAUUCCACAUGUUGUACGUAUGUUAAUUUGCUAUGGCGAAGCUGUUUUCGAUAAUUAUCUGAAUCAAUUACAAUGCUACAUUCUCCUAGCGUUGAACAUCUGUCGGUAUUUACAAAUCGUGCAUGGUCAUAAUGUUUAUGCGUCGAAUCGUUUGAUUAUUAUGAUUGCUUACUGUCUUAUUUAUUUUCUGCCAUUCAUCAGUCAUAUAGUAAUGAUUGUUUUCGGUUGGACAUUGCUACAAAAUCCACCCGGAGGAUUUUGUAAUCUAUUACCUAUCUCACUAGUCAUCUGCGUUGUGUUUCUUGUAUUUUCAUACUUUAUACCUGUAUGUUUAACUUUAAUAUUUCUUCUUCUUAGUCUUCAUCAUAUUCACCAAACUGAUGGCAUUCAUGCACAAGAAAUAGUUGAUGCUCGACAGAAAUACUAUCGUCGAUUAGUACUCCAAUCAGCUAUAUUCUAUACAAUAUGGUUAGUUUUAUGGUCACCGAAUCUUCUUCUGUUUCCAUUCUAUUGUAAGAAUGGUCGAAUUGGAAAUCUUGCCAAAAUCUUGCGUUACAUUAAUAUUACACUCGAUCCCAUCGCGAUCUCAGCACUUGAUCGACGAUUCUUACAAACAUGGCAGCUAACUGGUAAUCAAUGCCGAAGAUGGCUACGACGACAUCAAUCUUCACCCGUACCCGUUAUCUUAUCUACUCAUACUAUAGAGCAUAGUCUUACUAUUGUUGACAUCGUCUCGCACUACUUCUUUAUGAUCGAAUAUUGUACGAGAAACAUGAAUAAGACAAACGACUGCGAAGUCGUCCGAUGGUCCACACAAGCAAUGAAAACAGUUCAACCACUUUUGUAUAUAUGUAUUCUUGCAACGAUUAUUCAUCUGCUUUUUUGGAUUCAACUCAUCGCGUAUCCGACUGUUCGACAAUGGUCAAUGCAAUGGUUAUACGCUUAUCUAGUCUCCGACUUGUUACUACUCAUACGUUUCUUUCUUCUCUAUGUCUAUCGUUGGUGGCCCAUAUGUGUUCCAUACUUUUUACAUUCAAUGAUUUGUUAUUGUGAAGCUAUUUUCGAUAAUUACCUUAAUCUUCUACAAAGUUACAUUCUUCUCGCAUUGAACAUCUGUCGGUAUUUACAAAUAGCUCAUAAUUACAAUGUCUAUUCAACGAACCGCUGUUCUAUUGUCAUGGCACAUCUUCUCAUCUAUUUCUGCCCAUUAUUCGGACACAUUAUCGCAGCAAAAUAUAAAUGGACUGUUCUACAAAAUCCUCCCGGUGAUGCAUGCGAUCUCAUACCCGUCUCGUUACCUAUCCGUAUCAUCUUUCUCGUAUUUUCAUACUUUAUUCCGGUGGCAUUGGCAUUAUUCUUUUUGUUCCUAUGUCUCAACUACGUUCGCAAUACGGAUGGUAUUCGAACGCAGGAGAUCGUCGAUGCCCGAUUGAAAUAUCAUCGACAGAUAUUAAUACAAUCGGGUGUAUUCUAUUCGUUGUGGAUUGUAUUUUGGUCACCGCACAUUCUUCUCUUUCCAUUCUUUUACAAGAGUAGUACGGUGGGAGUAAUGGCUCAAAUAUUGAAUUAUAUAAGUAUCACACUUGAUCCAAUCAUCAUUGCUGCACUUGAUCGCCGAUUUUUACAAGCAUGGCAAUCAACCGGAGAUCGUUUGAAAAGAUCGUUUAGUCAGUACCAAGCAGUCCGAAUUCCGAACGAUCAAAGAUAA